AUGCUUCGAGGUCUCACUCCCACCAUUGCGACCAUUGUGCUGGUGUUUUUAAUCGACUUCACGGCCGCAGGAAACACCACUUGUGCAGGGAAUAUGACACAAUGGUACACAGAUGCUGUAGGAGAAACAGCAUCGAUCGACCUAAAGAUCAAGUCCCAAACUUUCGACCGAAUACUCCAGGCGAUCAAUGUGACGAUCAAUUACGCAUUGGUGCAUACGGGUUAUAUCGUUCUCCAUCUGGACCGUUUUGUAGUCCAGGAACGAAUCAAUAGUAAGCAUCGUGGUGCUGAAGUUCCGCUUGCUAGUUGUUUAAGUGGUUUCUUGUCCAGGCUUCCUAGUGACAUACAGGCGGCAGUUUGCAACAAAGACAUCAAAAUCGCCAAUUUCUUAUACGACCUCUUCUGGAGUGACGGCCCAUGGUUCUAUACACACCGAAGUGUAUACACCAUGAAUACCGCUUCCAAGGACGAAGCGGCGACAAACAACAACAUGUAUACCCACUGCAACAGCACGACAAGCUCAACCUUGAGCUCAAGCGCUAGUCACAGUACAAGCGCUAGUUACAGUACAAGCACUACCUCAGCGGCCCCAUCCCAAACAUCAACCGCUGCGCUUGUAGAUUCCGCAGAAAGUUCUAAGGUCCCCACAAUUGUAGGUGCUGUAGUCGGCAGCAUAGUCGCGCUAGUCGUGGCUGUCAUAGUAGCACGAUCACGCUGGCGUAAGCACCGACGAAGGCUUGUCCGCGUUCCAUUGGAUACCUAUAGCCUACAUGCACCCGCGAUGGCAGUGACGUCGCCAUAUACACUUACUGAACCCAAUUCAGACACGGCACCAGGGAACCCGACGUCGUACGGGUUCAAAUAUUCACGCAAUCGGGGUCAUCUACCAACAUCAAGCAAUCUCCCCUCGACAUCUCCCUCCACUACUGCACUAGCCACGACUGCUAGUGAAAGCGGCCAGAGCUCAUCGAACCUUCUUAGAAAUGCAAACUCUUCCGUCAGCGCGUCUAGGCACGAGGACGCAGGGGUUGUUUCAACUCUUAUGCGCUCAGGGUCUGGAAGAUUGCCUCCAGCGUACGACCCGAGCUGGGAAUUUCGCUCCGGCGGCUGA